AUGUCUACCUCAUCGACCACUGCUUUCAAAACGCUUAUAUCACGUUGCGACAAUAGUAGUCUCUAUGAAUACACGUCGCGCUUCAUUCCAGAGCUGGUUCUCCUAGGCUACACAGAUGUAGCAGCGCGCCUGAUAGGCAGACUUAACCAAAAUGACUUCUAUCACGACCGACUAGGAAGCCUUCGUCCCCUUUGGUUCCUUUGGGAUCUGCGUGCGAAGGAAGAUGGUGUGCCAUGGCCCGAGGGAGAAGAAGAUAAAGUGCGCCAGGCUGUGAGGGACAGACGAGCCAAGACGAUCGGCGGCGACGAUGCUCGAAGGAGGACCGACGAAACAAUAACAUCAGAGGACUUACAGGAAGAGCUGCAACUUAUGGCGAAAGAGUUUGCGUCGAAAUGGUAUAAGCCGACUGUGAUGCCGGGGUCAGGACCUGCAGAAGCACUCCACGUCCAUGAGCUUGGUCGUUCACCCACUACUUCUGAGAUGCUUGAUAGUGCGAUAGAUGCCAUCCAUAGCUUGGAGACUGCAAGUUCGGCACCUACGAUCCGAGAUGCGAGAAGCGGGCUGGUGCGCAUACUGAACCUGGUCUUAUCGGCUGAAGCAAACCAUGAACAGCCCGGGAUGGACGAAACACUACGUCAGUCGGGCACCCCGCCAUCCCACGAGUUACUACGUUGGCUGGCGCAUAGCUUUGGGGAACGUUCGUACGAGACUCAGCCAGCAAUGGAGUCCAGGCAGGCAUGGAAGCUGUAUAAAAGCGGAGCGCUGAGACAGCAUCUCAACAUUGAUAAAGCAGCGCUCGCGACCUUUGCGAAAGACUUCGAGAACGCUUUGACCGAGCGACUCACGAACGGUCGAACUAGAACGAGAGCAAACAUGUCCGUGCAAGAACUCUUGAAAGCAGCAGAAUACAACACGAAAUACAACGCCGAGGCCAGGAAAGUUAAUCCGGAGCCGCCCGAAACCACUCUUUUUCACUCUCCAGCCACCGACUCGCAGAUUGAAGAAGCCGAAGCCCGUCUCAACACCACCUUGCCAGCCGACUACAAGACCUUCCUUCGCCACAGCAACGGUUUCGGUUCUGCAUGGGGCCACCCGCUAGGCGACCUUCAAACACCUCUCCACCCCGUCGACAAACUACGCUGGCUCGACCCUGCGGAAGAAGACUACUUCACUGACCUCACGCUCGACCUACCCACUCGAUGGGAUAAAUGGCCUUUUGCACCUCUCCCCACAGCUAAGGCUUACGCGUGCGACGAAGUGACAGAGCAUUUCCUCGUCGGCCGUGCACUAGAGAUCGGUACGCAGGAGAUCGACAACACAUGGCUUCUCCCGCCUUCCACCAUUGUGCCGAUAAAGCAGGCUGUGAAGAAGAUGCUAGACGAUGAGACCCUGGGUGAACGCGAAAAGAACAGUGCAAGAGUUGCGAUAAGUGAUUUCGCGGGUAGCGAAGAGGAGUGGGAAGAGAUGGAGUGGGCAUGUGUUACUUGGGCUAGUGGAGGGGUGGCGGCUAUGUAUGUUUAUCCGGGGUUUAGGGCGUGGCUUGAGGAUGUUGUUGAGAAGGGGAGGGUUGGUUUGGAUGGUGAGGAGCAGGAAGAGCAAGAGAAUAUGUUGAAGCGAGGUAUGUGGUUGGGGAGAGUGUUUCAGAAUGAGGAGAGCGGGGAUAAGUCAGACGCGGAGGAGCUGCCGGGGUGGUUGAAAGACGCGAUUAGAGCGGCGAUGCCAAAAAGAAGCUGCUGA